UGACCGUUUUUGACAGACGACACGACAAAACUGCACGACGUGCACGACCAGACAGCGCGCAAAAGACAAAAAGCGUUCGCCAAGGCCGACGCGUUUCGGACUAAAAGCGGCAAGCACCUCGUCGAUAACCAUAAAAAGUUUUGCUCCCGGAUUGUUCCUAAAGGAUGGCGAAUACAUCUGCUUCGAGUACGACGGGGGCUGGUGCUCUCGGAUCGGACUGGAUUAAAAAAGCUGAAGAGCAGGAAAUUUCCGACUUGGUGAACGAACUGAGCUUUGUCAAAGACGAAAGAACGACCAAGAACGAGAAAUCGCCCGAAUGGGGAAAGGUGUUGAAUUCUGGUACGACUGAAUCGGCCACGGCAGGAAAGGAAAGCGCUUCCGGCGAAAACGGAGAGAUCGCAGAAGACGCGGAAGAGUUCAACCCUGCAGAUGCUAGUUUACUGAGGAAAAUCAUCCGCAAAGGUUUGGUGGAGUCCAAGCUCGAUCCGGAGGUGCAGCGGAAUGAUCCCUUGUCUCCUUUAUAUUCUGUUAAAACAUUCGAAGCUCUGCACCUGAAGCCGGAAUUGUUACAGGGAGUGUACGCCAUGGGUUUCAAUGCACCGUCAAAGAUCCAGGAAACGGCGCUUCCAACGUUGUUGGCCGAUCCCCCCCAAAACAUGAUAGCUCAAAGUCAAUCGGGAACGGGUAAAACGGCUGCCUUUGUUUUGGCCAUGCUGAGUCGCGUCGAUCCUAAGAAAAACUAUCCACAGGUAAUUUGUCUGUCUCCAACCUACGAAUUAGCCAUCCAGACCGGUGAAGUAGCCGCCAAAAUGGCCAAGUUCUGUCCGGAGAUUAAACUGCGGUACGCCGUCCGGGGGGAAGAACUUGCCAAGGGUGACAAGCUGACCGAUCACAUCAUAAUCGGAACACCCGGUAAACUGAUGGAUUGGGGCAUCAAAUAUCGGUCGUUUGAUUUGAAAAAGAUUACCGUAUUUGUGCUGGACGAGGCCGACGUGAUGAUUGCCACCCAAGGCCACCAGGACCAGUGCAUCCGGAUACACAAGCAACUGUCGUCGCGGUGUCAGAUGAUGUUCUUCUCGGCCACGUACGAGCGGGAGGUUAUGGAAUUUGCCGAAUAUAUCGUUCCGAAUCCGAUUGUGAUCCGUUUGGCCCGAGAGCAGGAAUCCCUGGACAACAUUAAGCAAUACUACGUCAAGUGCCGGACCCAGGACGAAAAGUAUCAGGCCAUUUCGAACAUCUACGGCGUUAUCACGGUUGGGCAGGCGAUCAUUUUCUGUCAUACGCGCAAAACAGCCAGUUGGUUGUCCGUCAAAAUGUCUCAGGAUGGCCAUUCGGUGGCAGUCUUGUCCGGUGAGUUGACCGUCGAGCAGCGGUUGGCAGUGCUGGAUCGUUUCCGUGCCGGACUGGAAAAGGUCCUCAUCACGACGAAUGUGCUCUCGAGAGGUAUCGACGUCGAACAAGUCACCAUCGUGGUCAAUUUCGAUCUGCCGAUGGAUCAGCAGGGUCGUGCUGAUUGUGAAACGUAUCUGCAUCGGAUCGGGCGCACCGGUCGCUUCGGUAAGAACGGAAUCGCUAUCAACCUGGUGGAUAGUGAGCAAAGCAUGGCAAUCUGCCGAUCUAUUGAAGCACACUUUCAGAAAAGGAUUCAUCUGUUGGACGCUGAGAAUUCGGACGAUAUCGAGAAAAUUGGCUCCUAAUCGUUUUUCAACUGUGCAUUCUCACAUAGCUGGACCCGAUAUUGCUUUGAAGCGCCUAUAAAUUUGUUUCAAUCCCUUUUUUUGAUUACACGACGAAACAGGGCAAGCGGAGACUAUUAAGUUUAUUAUUUCUACUUUUAACUGGUUGGCUAUAUCGUUUAUCCCACAAUCCUAAAUCAUUUAAGGCUGUGCGUAAAUUCGAAUAAAUAGAGAAAGCAAAACAAACAA